AUGAUCGCCUCUGCUCCGACAGACCCGGUCAGACUACGGGGAGGUACCGCUGCAGGACAAACCCUCCACACUCAUCACCGUGUUUUAUCCACGCUCUGCUCUCUGUUCUACCGGGCGCACGCAGAGUCCAGGACCAGACCAGAGUUCCCGCCCGCGCCCAAACCCCCUGCUUUGUCAGUUAUUGUCUGGCAUCUUCUGAAAGUGUCUGGACAGGACUUUGUCAGAUUCUGUCUUGUCUGA